UAUAAACUACUUUAUUUAUUAUGCAAUCGAGUGCAGUAUUUUUUGGUGCUACUUUUGAAGAGAUCUUGGACGAUCUAUCAAGUCGUUUUAUUAUCAACGUACCAGAGGCUGAAUUGUCUUCUGUAGAAAGAAUUUGCUUUCAAGUAGAACAAGCUCACUGGUUCUAUGAAGAUUUUAUUAGAGAAUUGAAACCGGAAUUACCUUCAUUUCAACUAAAAACCUUCUCUGCAAGAAUUUUUAAGCACUGUCCCCUUCUUCAUCAAUGGGCACAUGAGCAUGAACGUGCUUACGCCGACUUUAUGCAGUAUCGUUUCCGUAUCCCUGUCUGUGGCGCAAUUAUUCUUAACGCCAAUCUCGAUAAAUGUGUACUUGUUAAAGGAUGGAGCUCGAAAUCAGGAUGGGGUUUUCCUAAGGGAAAAAUCAAUCAGGAUGAAGAGUACGAUUGUUGUGCUAUAAGAGAAGUUUUGGAAGAAACAGGUUAUGAUGUUGGACCAUUGCUGAAAAAACCUGAUUAUAUUGAAUUAACUAUGCGGGAACAACGUAUUCGAUUAUACAUCAUUCAAGGCGUACCCGAAGAUACGUUAUUUAUCCCAAGAACUAGAAAAGAGAUUAGUCAAAUUUCGUGGAUCAAACUAGAUGAUUUACCAACAUAUAAGACAACUGAGCCACGUCCAGGAAAUGGUAGCUUAAAUUAUGUUAAAUCAGGGCCUUACAGAUUUUACAUGGUGGUCCCUUUCAUGAAUAAAUUGAGACAGUUUGUUAAUCAACGUAAAAAGAUCUUAAGAAAAGACCAUAAAGCUGAAAAGAUAGUGAAGGAGUCAGCGUCACCAUUGGGUCAAAGUAACACAGCUUUAGCCAAACAACCUGUAGAAACAUCAAAUGCGCUUAAAUCUCUUUUAGGCGUUGGUUCAGAAGGAACAGCGCCUGCCGGUUUUGCAGCUUCACCUGCCGUAUCACAACCUCAACCAGAGCAUCAACCACCUAAUGUUAAUGGUAAUAAUAUGCUCCAAGAGUUAUUUGCUUCUUCCCAACAACCUUCACAAAGCAUACAUCCUCAGCAACAACCUCAUUUUUCCCCUCAACAGCAACAAUUUAUGCAGCAACAACAGUUUGCCCAACAACAACAUCUUCAACAUCAGCAACAUCAACAAAUAAAUAUUUUGCAGCAACUUCAACAAGCAAGUGUUUUACAGCAACAACAGCAACAUCAACAGCAGCAGCAACAAUUUCAACAACAACAACUGCAGCAGCAAUCCCCUCAGAAUGGCACCAUCCACCGUGCCUCAUUUGUUGAAGAAUUAUUGAAGGCUAACAAAGGCAAUACAUUGGAUACAAGUUCAGCUAAUAGCUCUCCCCUUCCUAGCACAGACAACUUACGCAGAAACUCACUUUUAAGUGUGUUGCAAGGUAGACCCAAGGAGCAAACACCCCCUCCACAACAGCAGAAUAUGAAUCCGUUAGAUGCUUUCCUUCAUCCUCAAGCUAUACAGUCUAAUCAUUACGCCACCUAUGCAGAUUAACCAUGUGCUUCUCUCGCAUCAGUUUUUGCUUUUUUUUUUCUUUUUUUGUUGGAUUCCCCAGUAACACUUGACACGUUAAUAAAAGUAGGAAGAACAAUAUAUGAAGUUGGAC